AGGUCAGCCGUGUGUAUGCGUCUGUACAACAGCUGAGGGAGGGGGGCAUCCAGAGAGAUAGGCAGAACGUGGUGUGUGUGCGUGUAUGAGAGUGUGUGUGCGUGUGUGUGUGUGCGUGCGCGCAUACGAGAGAGGGAGAGGGGGGACAGAGCGCGUGUGUGGAAAAAGGAAGCGGAGUCGGUAAACGGCGAACUCGCUGAUUUCCUAUCGCAAACUACAGUGCUGUAUCUGGUACUUCAGCAUCGAGAGACACGGCACAGCACAAGCGGACCGGGUGAAGCCGUGUGUUUCACCCGUCCCUUGGCGUUUUUUGUUAGAAUAAAUUAGCGAAGCAAGGCCGUCUUUUGUUGAAGCAAGUGCCCAUUGCUUCUGUGCGGACAGCGACUGUUAACGGAUAAAAUGCCUGCGUGAUACUGUUUGGUCCGUUCUUGGAUUUGGCCCAGGCCAGGAGGAAGGUUCUGAAGGGGUCAGUUCGUAGUCGCGGACGGAAUUGCGACUGAAGUUUUUUUUGCUGCAGACUGUUGGAACUUAAAGAUAAUCAGACUGGCGGCUCUUGUGAAUUCGCGGGGUUGUUGGUGAGGCUGAAUUUUUCCUGGAUUUGAGUGGUAAAUUCAGAAGACUGAAGCCCAGGCUCACUGUCUACCUUUCACGGAGGCCCAGCCGUGAGAGGACGCAGCAAGGCACCUGGCGAAUCAUGACCGCCGACAAAGAGAAGGACAAGGAGCGCGAGCGCGAGCGGGACCGGGACCGCGACCGGGACAGAGACCGGGACCGGGACAAGCGGGACAAGGCCCGCGAGAGCGAGAGCUCGCGGCCCCGCCGCAGCUGCACCCUGGAGGGCGGGGCCAAGAACUACGCCGAGAGCGACCACAGCGAGGACGAGGACAACGACGCGGCCAGCGCCACCACCGAGGAGUCCUCCAAGAAGGGCAAGAAGAAGACGCCCAAGAAGAAGUCGCGCUACGAGCGCACGGAGAACGGGGAGAUCACCUCCUUCAUCACCGAGGACGAGACCGUCUACAGACCGGGCGAUUGCGUGUACAUCGAGAGCCGCCGGCCCAACACUCCCUACUUCAUCUGCAGCAUUCAGGAUUUCAAACUGAGUAAACGGGACCAUCUGCUGAUGAGCGUGAAAUGGUACUACCGGCAGUCGGAGGUCCCGGACUCCGUGUACCAGCACCUGGUGCAGGACCGCAACAACGAGAACGAUUCUGGGCGAGAGCUGGUCAUCACCGAUCCGGUGGUGAAGAGCCGGGAGCUCUUCAUCUCAGACUACGUGGACACCUACCACGCCGCUGCUCUCAGAGGGAAAUGUAACAUCUCCCAUUUCUCCGACAUCUUCGUUGCCCGGGAGUUCAAAGCCCGCAUCGACUCCUUUUUCUACAUCCUGGGAUACAACCCGGAGACCAGGCGCCUAAACAGCACGCAAGGGGAGAUUCGGGUGGGUCCCAGUCACCAGGCCAAGCUCCCGGAGCUGCAGCCCCUCCCACCCCCCGGUGGCCAGGUGGUGACUGAGAAUGAGGAGCUGGUUUGGAUGCCCGGGGUGAACGACUGCGACCUCCUGAUGUACCUGAGAGCUGCCAGGAGCAUGGCGGCCUUCGCAGGGAUGUGCGAUGGCGGGUCCACUGAGGACGGCUGCCUGGCUGCAUCGCGGGACGACACUACGCUAAACGCUUUAAACACGCUGCACGAGAGUAAUUACGAUGCGGGGAAGGCCCUGCAGCGGCUGGUGAAGAAGCCCGUUCCAAAACUCAUCGAGAAGUGCUGGUCUGAAGACGAAGUGAAGCGGUUCAUUAAAGGGCUGAGACAGUACGGCAAGAACUUCUUCAGGAUUCGCAAGGAGUUGCUGCCCAACAAGGAAACGGGGGAGCUGAUCACGUUCUACUACUACUGGAAGAAGACGCCGGAAGCCGCGGGCUCCCGGGCCCACCGCCGGCACCGACGGCAGCCCGUCUUCCGCCGGAUCAAGACCCGCACCGCCUCCACGCCCGUCAGCACCCCGUCCCGCCCCCCUUCCAGUGAGUUCCUGGACCUCAGCUCGGCCAGUGAGGAUGACUUCGACAGCGAAGACAGCGAGCAGGAACUGAAAGGAUACGCCUGCCGCCACUGCUUCUCCACCACUUCUAAGGACUGGCACCACGGGGGCCGGGAGAACAUCCUGCUGUGCACCGACUGCCGGAUCCACUUCAAGAAGUACGGAGAGCUGCCGCCCAUCGACAAGCCCGUCGACCCCCCGCCGUUCAUGUUCAAACCCGUCAAAGAGGAAGAGGAUGGGCUCGGGGGGAAGCAUAGCAUGAGGACCCGCCGCAACAGAGGCUCGAUGUCUACCCUCCGAAGCGGGCGGAAGAAGCAGACGGCCAGCCCGGACGGCCGCGCCUCACCCACCAAUGAGGAGCUGCGUUCCAGCGGCCGCGCCUCCCCCAGCGCCGCCAGCACCUCCAGCACCGACAGCAAGACCGAGUCGCUCAAGAGGCCCAGCAAGAAGAUUAAAGAGGAGGCAACUUCGCCCAUGAAGACCGCCAAGCGGCAGCGAGAGAAGGGCGCCUCGGACACGGAGGAGCUGGAGAGAGGAGCCACCGCCAAGAAGUCCAAGACUCAGGAGCUGAACCGGCCGGACUCCCCCUCGGAGUGCGAGGGCGAGGGCGAGGGCGAGAGCUCGGACGGCCGCAGCGUCAACGGCGAGGGCAGCAGCGACCCCAAAGACAUCGACCAGGACAACCGCAGCUCCUCCCCCAGCAUCCCCAGCCCCCGCGACAACGAGAGCGACUCGGACAGCUCCGCCCAGCAGCAGGUCCUCCAGGCGCAGCACCCGCCCGUCAUCCAGGCCCCCGCCGGCCCCGCCCCCCAGGCCUCGGCCGGCCCCGCCCCUGCCCCGCCCGCGCCCGGAGCCCCCUCCCUGGCUCCUCAGACGGCCCCGCCCGUCGGGCCGGGCUCCGCGCCCCCCCAGGGGCCCCCGCAGGCCUCCCCGCUCUCCCUCAUCCAGCAGGGGGCGCCGCUGCACCCACAGAGGCUCCCCUCGCCGCACUCGCCCGUCCAGGCUCCGCCCCCCUCUCAGGCCGGCCCCCAGCCGCUCCAGCCGCCUCUCCCCGGCCAGCUGCCGCCCCUCCCCCACCCGCUGCAGGCUGGCCACGCCCACCUGCCGCACCCUCAUUCGCUACCUCCGCAGCCCUUCCCCCUGGUGCCUCAGCCUCCACUGCUCCCCCAGGCCCAGCUGCAGCCCCACACGCCCCCCUCCCAAAUGCUGGGACCCGCCCAGCCCCCCAGGGAGCAGCCUCUGCCCCCCGCCCCCAUGUCCAUGCCCCACAUCAAGCCACCGCCCACCACGCCCAUCCCGCACAUGCCCAACCCUGCGUCCCACAAGCACCCCCCACACCUCUCUGCCCCGCCCUUCCCCCAGAUGCCCUCCAACCUGCCCCCGCCGCCCGCCUUAAAGCCCCUCAGCUCCCUCUCCACCCACCACCCGCCCUCCGCCCACCCGCCCCCCCUGCAGCUAAUGCCCCAGGGCAGCAGCUACAGCCCCGCCCGCCCAGCCGCCCCGUGCUCACCCAAUCACAGAGCCUCCCUGCCACCGGGAGCCACCUGCCCCCUCAGCGCCCCCCUGCCCCCUCCGCCUCCGCGCACCCCGCCCCCUCGCAGCCCCCUUCCCCCCGCACCCCACCCCUUCAUCCCCGGCGGGCCGCCCAUCCUGCCUCCGGCGUCCGCCCCCUCUUCGUCCUCCUCGUCCUCCUCCUCGUCCUCCGCCUCCUUGUCCAGCCUGCAGUGCCCGCCCUCCUCCUCUUCCUCCUCCUCCUCCUCCUCCAUCUCCAUGCCCUUGCCCGCCUCUGUGGGGGGGCCCUGCCCCGCCCCCUCGGCCGUCCCGCCCGUCCAGAUCAAGGAGGAGCCCCUGGACGAGUCGGAGGAGCCGGAGAGCCCCCCUCCCCCGCAGAGGAGCCCGUCCCCCGAGCCCACCGUCGUCAACACGCCCAGCCACGCCAGCCAAUCAGCACGCUUCUACAAGCACCUGGACCGCGGCUACAACACGUGCGCCAGGACGGACUUCUACUUCACCCCGCUGGCCUCCUCCAAGCUGGCCAAGAAGCGGGAGGAGGCCCUGGAGAAGGCCAAGAGGGAGGCUGAGCAGAAGGCGCGGGAGGAGAAGGAGAAAGAGAAGGAGAAGGAGAAGGAGCGAGAGAGGGAGCGGGAGCGAGAGCGGGAGGCUGAGCGAGCUGCUAAAGCGCCCGGCUCGUCUCACGACGGCCGAUUGGGCGACCCCCAGAUGGCGGGCCCCGCCCACAUGCGGCCGUCCUUCGAGCCGCCACCCACCACCAUCGCGGCGGUGCCCCCUUACAUCGGGCCGGACACGCCCGCCCUGCGCACCCUCAGCGAGUACGCCCGCCCCCACGUCAUGUCCCCGACCAAUCGGAACCACCCGUUCUUCGUGUCGCUGAACCCGGCCGACCCGCUGCUGGCCUAUCACAUGCCGGGGCUGUACAGCGCCGACCCGGGCAUGCGCGAGCUGCGGGAGCGCGAGCUGCGGGAGCGCGAGAUCCGUGAGCGGGAGCUGCGCGAGAGGAUGAAGCCCGGGUUCGAGGUCAAGCCGCCCGAGCUGGAGGGCCUGCACCCGGGCGCCAACCCCAUGGAGCACUUCGCCCGGCACGGCGCCCUCACGCUGCCCCACAUGGCGGGGCACCACCCCUUCGCCGCCUUCCACCCGGGCCUCAACCCGCUGGAGCGGGAGCGGCUGGCGCUGGCCGGCCCCCAGCUCCGCCCCGACAUGACCUACCCCGAGCGGCUGGCCGCCGAGCGCCUCCACGCCGAGAGGAUGGCGUCCGUCGCCAACGACCCCAUCGCCCGGCUGCAGAUGUUCAACGUGACGCCGCACCACCACCAGCACUCCCACAUACACUCGCACCUCCACCUGCACCAGCAGGACCCGCUGCACCAAGGCGGUGGUGAAUGUCUUGUGUGUCCCCCAGGUUCUGGGGGCCACCCGCUGGUUGACCCACUGGCGGCUGGACCCCACCUGGCCCGGUUUCCCUACCCGCCUGGCGCCAUCCCAAACCCGCUGCUGGGACAGCCCCCCCACGAGCAUGAGAUGCUGCGGCACCCUGUGUUCGGAACCCCGUACCCGCGGGACCUCCCCGGCGCGCUCCCGCCCCCCAUGUCCGCGGCGCACCAGCUGCAGGCCAUGCACGCGCAGUCGGCCGAGCUGCAGCGGCUCGCCAUGGAGCAGCAGUGGCUGCACGGCCACCACCACAUGCACGGGGGCCCGCUGCCCGGGCAGGAGGACUACUACAGCCAGUGCAGCGAGCUGAUGAGGGGUGCUAUCUGUUUUUGCAGCCGCCUGAAGAAGGAGGGUGACAAACAGCUUUAGCCCUGUGGCCCCUGUGCGGAGCCCCCGGAUACGGCAUGGCCACACACAGGAAGCUGUUACAGGACUGUCUGGCAGAGGAACUGUGUCUCUGGAACAAAUCAGAGAGGGGAAAAAAAAAAAACGGCAGGAGAAGAUGAUCUGAAGAUUUUUAUUUUUUUCCGGCUUUUUAUUUCCUGUUCUGGACGUGUUUAUUUUUUAAAGAAAUUGACUUUAUUUGAUAUAUAUAUAUCUAUAUAUAUAUAGCCCUCAAGUAGCGACAACGUCCUCCAGACUGAUUGUGACUUCCCUGCAUGUGAAAUUCACUGAGAAACUUCCCUGGCGUUUUCAGCGUAGGUGCUAGAAUACAAGACACUUUGUCACUGUGCUUAAAGGAGAGAGAGGAAAAAAAAAAGACAAAAGAACGGUUGGGCCAUUAUUUGAGAAAUCUUUUAAAGUGCUAUCUUAAAUUCAACAGUUAUUUUAAUACAUCGUAGGAAGUUUUCAUAAUUUUAAAGAGCUACAGCAUGGCAUUUUUUGAGUCUGUACUGUAAAUAUAUAUAUAUAAAUAUAAUUAUAAUUAUUAGGUGUGGAUUCCUAACCAAGGUUGUUAGACCUCCGAUAUUAUUGUUCUGAAGCAUUAUCCCUUUGUUUCUGAGGGGAGCACGAUGGCAUUACUCUGAACAGAAAAUGGAUUCUGGGAUAGCCGCAGCCCGUGAACGUGGUUGCCGGGAGACAGGUAUAGGACGGUGUAUCCGCCCCCAAACCGAGGACCCCUCCCGUCGUCGUCGUCCUCCUAAGGCCGAACACAAGCAGUGCAUCCUCCAGGCCCUGGACCCUCAGCCUUUUCCCUGUGUGGUUAACUAAAAAAAAAAAAAGAAAAAGAAUUUGGGUUUGUGUUUUGUAACGCUUGAGGAGGAGUGGGUCUGUCAUGUGGUUACUAUGGGUUACACACCAGGGCCGCUGACCCCACAGUCCAGAGAGAUUAAGUUGCACUGAAAGACCACAGACACAGUAUUUAAUAGCAUAUCAUUGGCUUUACAAAAGGAAUGCACUUUUUCAACAUUUGGUCACUUCUCAAAUAUUGCCCUGUACCAAAGUGAUAAAAAGUAUUUUUGAAAAAGGCUUUACCGGCAUAUUUAUUUGAGUAAAUAAGUGUAAGUAUAUAACAGAGAAAAAUGCACAGGAUUAGUUCAUUAUUGGUACAAACUAACUAAAAACUACUUUCAUUUUUAUCUUUUUUUUGCCAUUUAAAAGAAUGGCAGUUCUCACAGCAGUUUGUCCGUUUCGUCACGAUGGUAUUACCUUUAAAAAGCUGAACUUUGUGUAGCUGGACACCACUGUUAAAGUCGCUGUAGAACUAGGUGCUAACGAGCGAGCCGUGCCGAUGCUCCCCUCGAUAACCUGCUCGUACUGUCUCACGACCACUUCCUGUCUUUUUGUUUUUAUUAAUCUUUUUUUAUUGCGAAAGAGCGUUUGUCGCUUUCGUCUCCUCAACGGAAUGACGCGGUUCCGUGUUCACUGUGACGUCAGCGGCGGAGGGGGUGAGCUGGAAACGCUCGGAGCGGGCAAGUGAGCACGUUUGCGCGAGGCGAAAGGCAAACAGGAAGCGGUCACCGGAGGACCUCUCUGCAUUCCGUGACCUCUCUGUACCGUUACGUGGUGCACACGGUCAUUCCCGGCUCUCUUUCUGUCUCUUAUUCCUCGUGUCCACUUUACUGCCUCUGUCUGCAGCAGGGGUUUCGUAUUCGCCAUCUCAGACUGUUACUAGAUGUGGGGAUCACUGUCAUAAUGGUUUCUGUGUCAGACUAUGUACGGUAGUUUUAUAGUCCAUGGACAUUUCCCCUCCUGUUUCAUUUUGUGUUCCUGUAUUCUUUUUUUUGUUUGUUUGUUUUUUUUUUUUUGUAUUUUAAUAACUGUUAUAUACUAUUACAGUAUAAAUGAUACAGAAUCACUACAGUGGGGGAGGGAGGGAGGGAGGGGAAGGGGGGGCACAGAAAAAGCAAAGCAAAAAGCGGAUAUUUUCUUGGUCUGUGUGACAUGUGACUAGCUGGGUCAUUAGGAAGGAGUGUGUGAAAUUCAGACCCAUCCUUCCUGAAAUUAAUGAUCCGAAAAUCAGGAGUUACAUACUUAAAUACUCUAAAUUUGAACCCGCCAUCUACCUGCCUGUGUCUGGUACCAUGUAUUAGAAACAUUUCUGUUACUUUCUUCCCCCUCGUCUCAAACCUUUGAUGUUAAGUGUUGUCAAUGGUUUAGCUUCUUGUUUUAAAGCAGCAAUAGCAGAAUGUAAAUUCUGACUGCUAAAAUUUAUAUAUAUACUGGUAUCUUGAAGCUUAUUGUAUAUAUUAGUAGUUUGCCAUGGGAUGACACAAAUGUAAACACAAAGUAGAAAUAAUUCAGAAAAGUUGUGAGUCCUGUGUUUUCUCCAUUUGAGUAUUUUGUAAUUUUUUUGAAAAAUUUGUGGAAUUAAAAUAAACUAAGUUACGCCACAUUA